UUGUUUGGGCCGUGAGAAGAGGAGACAAGUAUAGCUGGUAGUGUUGUGAAGGCUACAGUUAAUGUUGCCGCUCCUGGGCCGCACAGUUUCGUUGUCAUUCGUACAUAGAGUCACUUACCCGCUGUCCACCCUCACUGUCAGGGCCCAUUUUGAUCAGCUCCGUGCUAAUAAAACUCAGAGGAAUAACUAGUGUUCAACACAGCUCCGUCUUCGGUAGUUCAACCGGCCAAAAUACAGGAACCAUGCCCGAAAGGAGGCCCUUCGUACGGUUACCAACAGACGUUUUCCCCGUCAACUAUGCGUUAUGUCUGAAACCAGACCUGAUCGACUUCACUUUCGAGGGCAAGUUGGAAGCACUGGUCGAGGUUACACAAGCUACAAAUCAGAUUGUGAUGAACUGCGCUGACAUCGACAUCAUCACAGCUUCCUUUGCACCAGAGGGAGGAGACGAAAUUAAUGCCACGGGAUUCAACUAUCAAAAUGAGGAUGAGAAAGUUACCCUGUCAUUUCCUAGUGCUUUACAGAAAGGCUCUGGCAUGUUGAAGAUCGACUUUGUCGGGGAGUUGAAUGACAAAAUGAAAGGAUUCUAUAGAAGUAAAUAUACAACUUCAGCUGGAGAGAUCCGGUAUGCUGCUGUCACACAGUUUGAGGCCACAGAUGCUCGCAGAGCUUUUCCCUGUUGGGAUGAGCCAGCUAUCAAAGCCACCUUUGACAUCACCCUGAUAGUUCCUAAGGACCGAGUAGCCUUGUCAAAUAUGAAUGUCAUUGAUCGAAAGCCAUACCCAGAGGAUGAAAACCUUGUGGAAGUAAAAUUUGCCACCACUCCCAUCAUGUCCACGUACCUCGUAGCUUUUGUCAUUGGUGAAUAUGACUAUGUGGAGAGCCAGUCGUCAGAUGGUGUAACGGUACGAGUCUAUACACCCGUUGGGAAGGCGGAACAAGGGAAAUUUGCCUUGGAGGUUGCAACUAAGACCUUACCUUUCUACAAAGACUACUUCGAUGUUCCUUAUCCAUUGCCUAAAAUUGAUCUCAUAGCUAUUGCUGAUUUUGCUGCUGGUGCCAUGGAAAACUGGGGCCUUGUUACCUACAGGGAGACCGCGCUGCUUAUCGACCCAAAGAAUUCCUGCUCAUCAUCCAGGCAGUGGGUGGCGCUGGUGGUCGGACAUGAACUCGCCCACCAGUGGUUUGGAAACUUGGUCACCAUGGAGUGGUGGACUCAUCUGUGGCUUAAUGAGGGAUUUGCAUCCUGGAUUGAGUAUUUAUGUGUGGACCACUGCUUCCCAGAGUACGACAUCUGGACCCAGUUCGUCUCAGCAGACUACACUCGCGCCCUUGACUUGGAUGCGCUGGACAGCAGCCACCCCAUAGAGGUGAAUGUGGGCCAUCCUUCAGAGGUAGAUGAAAUCUUUGACGCCAUCUCUUACAGCAAAGGAGCAUCAGUGAUCCGCAUGUUGCACAACUACAUAGGAGACGAGGAUUUUAGGAAAGGAAUGAAUGCCUAUCUCUUAAAGUUCCAACAUAAAAAUGCAUCAACAGAGGAUCUGUGGGACUGUUUGGAACAGGCCAGUGGGAAACCUAUCGCUGCUGUGAUGAAUUCAUGGACCAAGCAAAUGGGCUUCCCGAUAAUAGUAGUCGACCAGGAACAGCAAGGUGAUGACCGCAUCCUUAAGAUAUCCCAGAGGAAGUUCUGCGCCAGUGGACCUCAUAAUGGUGAAGAUUGCCCGAGUUGGAUGGUCCCCAUUAGCAUUUGUACUAGCGAGGACCCCAAAUGCACCAAGCUCAAGGUUCUGCUGGACAGACCAGAGACCACCAUCACUCUGAGUGGUAUUGGCACAGACCAGUGGAUCAAGAUCAACCCUGGCACCGUGGGCUUCUACCGCAUCCAGUACAGCUCGUCCAUGCUGGAAAGUCUUCUCCCGGGUAUCAGAGACCUCAGCCUGCAGCCUGUGGACCGACUCGGCCUGCAGAAUGACCUCUUCUCUCUUUCUCGUGCAGGGAUGAUGAGCACAGUGGAGGUGCUGAAGCUGAUGGAAGCAUUCGUUAAUGAGCCCAACUACACAGUGUGGAGCGACCUCAGCUGUAACCUGGGAGUGUUGUCUUCACUGCUGUCCCACACCGACUUCCACGAGGAGAUCCAGGAGUUCAUCCGGGAUCUCUUCACCCCCAUCGGCCUCAAGCUGGGCUGGGACAGCAAGCCAGGGGAAGGUCACCUGGAUGCCCUGUUGAGAGGUCUGGUUCUGGGGAAGCUGGGCAAGGCAGGACACAAACCCACACUAGAGGAGGCUAGGCGGAGAUUCAAAGACCACGUCGAGGGCAAGCAGGUCCUUCCUGCAGACCUGAGGAGCCCAGUGUAUCUGACAGUGCUGAAGCAUGGAGACAGUACCACACUGGACACAAUGCUGAAGCUCCACAAACAAGCAGACAUGCAGGAAGAGAAGAAUCGUAUUGAGCGAGUGCUCGGUGCCAUCUCCGCUCCUGAUCUCAUUCAGAAAAUUCUCACCUUCGCCCUCUCGGAAGAAGUUCGUCCCCAGGACACGGUGUCGGUAAUCGGGGGAGUGGCAGGAAGCAGUAAACAAGGCCGGAAAGCAGCGUGGAAGUUUGUCAGGGACAACUGGGAGGAGCUUUACAACCGUUACCAGGGAGGAUUCCUCAUAUCACGGCUCAUCAAGCUCACAGUCGAUGGAUUCGCUGUUGAUAAAAUGGCGGCGGAAGUCAAGAGUUUCUUUGAGAGUCAUCCGGCGCCGGCCGCUGAGCGCACGGUGCAGCAGUGCUGCGAGAACAUCCUGCUCAACGCCGCCUGGCUGAAGCGCGACGCAGACGACAUCCACCAGUAUCUACUGCAGCGCAAAGCGCCCCCCGUCUGAGCUGCCCAUCCUGCCGCCUCCUCCAGCCUCCCCCCCAAAAUCCCCAUCCCCAUCCCUCCGGUGUGGACCUCCAAACAUCAUAGCUGCCCCCCCCUCCCAGCGCAGACCAGAGCGGGACACCAGAGUGUACUUACAGGCUUCAUUUCUUAAAACUGUACAAAGCAAGAAGACAAAGCUGAGAGUUGGACAGAGAUUCAGAAAGACGAGGAGACUCCUUCUGCUUUACCAAGACAAAACAUCCCUUUUAGUUGAACCAGGAAUGUAGUUGACCCCGCCCCCACACCAGUCCACAAGCAGAGACCUCCACCAGUCAGUCUGCAGCCUCUUCGUCCAAUGUUCAACAAAGAUGCAGAAACCCUGCUGAUCUGCUCUUCAUCGCCUGCUUCCUCAUCCUCACCCCCUGUUUCUGCUGCUGCUCAUUUCUAAUGCAUGAAGUGUGGCUUUAUUCAUUUUUUUACUUCAACUUGUCUGUGUGAACAACUUUCAGGUUUUUGUUCUGCCAUCUACUCAGUUUGUAUUCACACUCCUCCUCUUCCUCCUCCUCCUCCUCCGAGCGUUGUGUUGAAUGCAGAGUACGCCAGGGUGGAACGAGGUUAAUAGCGGUAGUGUGUGUUGUAGUUCCCAACAGCACUUAUUCUCCAUUGCUAAUAAACGGUUAGGCCGAGCGAGCAGCGCUAGCAUGGUACUACAUGUAAACUGUAUAAUGCAAGCAUUUUUGCUGAUGUUCUUGUAAAAGAAAUGAUGGAAAAGUUCAUGAAAACUUGUUCAAAUCUACCCAAAAAAACCAAUAAGAAGGAGAAAAGAAACCAGCCUCUCGAGCUCUUGUUCCAGCAGAGUUUUUCAUUUCAGUCAUCAACACAUUUGAUCCCGUUUUCUUUUUCCAGACGAUGAAAUGAAAAUUCAGGAGAGUUUUUAUAAAACAUCAGAUGCAGUGAUUUAUUUAAAUGUUUAGAUAAUCUUAUAUUCUGAGGUCAGGGGGAAAAAGAUCACAACACUACGUAUUGGGGCCUUUUCGUUGUGAACAUCAGGAAACGGCUCUUCCCGGUCCGGUCCGGACUUUCUGGACCGGACAGAUCUUCUUUGACUUUGCUGUCGAACCUGGAAGCCUUAAAUCGGUCGACUGGUUUGCAGUAAGUUUGAGGCACUGAAGUGUUGAGAACAGGUGACUUCUGUAACUAUAUCUAAUGUGACAGAUUAUGCAGACUUGUUGAACGAGUAUAUCUAUAUAGAAUUUACGAUUUGAUGUGGUUUUUGGAAACACACCGACCAAGUCAUCCAGUCUGUUAUCGAGACACUUGCUCCCCCCCUCCAGAACAAUUGUUGGUGUUCUUUGUUUUUCUUUUUGUUUUCUUUCUUUUUUUGUUAACUAUAGUUGAUGUUCAUUAAAGUGAAAAAGGAUUUAAAAAACAAAUGAAGUGAGAUCAGUACAUGUUGAUUUGUAUGAGUGAGAUUUGGAUGCACCACAUGCUUGCAGACUGAUUCAUGCUGGAUUAAUGACUGAUGUGAGUCACAGAUACUGAAUCAGAAGAAAUGACAGAUGGACAUGAUCACAGACAGAAAGUUAAACACUCUUUGGUUUAAUAAAGUUUCUGUUAUAAAGAGAUUUCCAGGCAGCUUUUGAGGUUUUUGAUCACGUAGAGAAGUGAAAUGUCUCUGAAUUUAAUCUGAUUUUAGUUCAACAUGUGGAAUGUCUUGUGGUUUUAAGUCUAAGAAGAGGAGGAGCUGUCUCCCAGGGCGGCUUUAAAAUAAGUGUUGCCAAGGCAAUUGUAAAUAUGCAGUCUAAUAAAGUAACACUUGAUGAUG